AUGUCUCACUUGGCACAAUAUGCUUCUGAAGAGUGCAAGGAAAAGGAAAUCUGCCACAAUAAGCAACAGAGUGAUGCUGUGAUUCAGAAACCUAUGGGUAUGGAGAUGAUAAGCAAUUGUCCAUUUGGAAAUCACAUUGGCUUAUCUGCUCAAGAAAUCCCAUGCUCUAAAAAUAAAAAUAUUCAAUAUUUGAAAAGUAUUUCUUUCACUAAUCCCAACUUUAUGAACAUAAGAAACCACAAAGUAGAGAAAACUAAUAAGCAUGACAAUUGUGGGAAAAGGCUCAAUUAUACCUCAAAACCAGAUAUUCAUAAAAAAUUCUCCACUGAAGAUAAGAUUCAUGUAUGUGAUGAGUGUGGGAAGAGUUUCAACUGGAAGAAAAGUCUACUUAUUCAUCAGAGAGUCCACACAGGAGAAAAACCAUAUAUAUGUGAUACAUGUGGGAAAAGUUUCAGUCAGAAGAACAGUUUAUUUGAUCAUUUCAGAGUCCACACAGGAGAGAAACCAUAUACAUGUGAUGAGUGUGGGAAGAGUUUCAGUCAGAAAAUAAAUCUAAUUACUCAUCAUAGAGUCCAUACAGGAGAGAAACCUUACAUAUGUGAUGAGUGUGAGAAGAGUUUCAGUCAUAAAUCAAGUUUAGUUGAUCAUUGCAGAGUACAUAAGGGAGAGAAACCAUACCUCUGUGAUGAGUGUGGGAAGAGUUUCAGGCAUAGCAAAAGUCUAGUUGGUCAUCACAAAAUCCACACAGGAGAUACACCAUACAUAUGUGAUGAGUGUGGGAAGAGUUUCAUUUGGAAGAAAAGUCUACUUAUUCAUCACAGAGUCCACACAGGAGAGAAACCAUAUGUUUGUGAUGAGUGUGGGAAGAGUUUCAGUCAGAAGAUAAGUCUAAUCACUCAUCACACAGUACAUACAAGAGAGAAACUAUAUAUAUGUGAUGAGUGUGGGAAGAGUUUCAGUUAUAAGGCAAGUCUAUUUGUUCAUCGCAGAGCCCAUACGGGAGAGAAACCAUACAUAUGUGAUGAGUGUGGGAAGAAUUUCAACUGGAAGAAAAAUCUACUUAUUCAUCAGAGAGUCCACACAGGGGAGAAACCACAUACUUGUGAUCAGUAUGAGAAAAGCUUCAGCAAGAAAACCAUUUAUUUAAUCAUUAUAGAGUCCACCCAUAUACAUGUGAUGAGUGUGGGAAGAGUUUCAGGCAUAAAAAAUGUCUAG